UGUCACAAACUAUUCAAUGGUGAUGUGUGUCAGUUUUUUUUAAAAGCAUAAAAUAUAUUUGAGAAUCGUAAUCAACCAGAUAUGCAAUGAUGGCGCACAAAAGAAGAUAUAAAGAACAUGUACUUGAUGAUUUGAGACAACCAUCAAAGGCCACGAAAUAUCGACGGAUAACAGAAUCUGAGAAUUAUUUUAAGUGCCGAGACCGAGGGAGUUACAAGAAGUAUCUCAAUUGCCCAUCCUCCCACAAAGAAAAGAGACGAGUCUCAACCGAGUUGUCCCAGAAUGCUCCUCAUGAAGGACCUCUGACAGAAAGUGCAAGCAGUCAGACAGCAGGACUACAGCAUGAGCAGGACACACAAAACAACAAAUCCUCAGAGCCUGACAGUGAGGCAGCCUGGAGACAGUCCCACUUAGUCCAAGUGAUGGAAUUACCCUCCACGUCAGACCAAGACAGACCUUGGACUCACAUAAGUGGGGACCAACCUGAUAUAAAAAUGCUAACAGAAUUACAGGACAUAUCCUGGACACAGCCAGAAGAGAACAAGUCUGUUCCAACUGCUGAUCAGCAUGAGCCAAACAAAAAGGUAUGGCAGGACAUAUCCUGGACACAACCAGAAGAGAACAUGUCUUUUCCAACUCCUGACCAGCAAGAGCCAAACGAAAAGGCAGGCCCAUUAACAGAUGGCGAUGAUCCUGUGUAUCCCGGCGCACCUCUGACAAAAGGACAAAGUUUACUGUUGCUUAUGUCCUUUAUACUAAGGCACAAUCUUACAGCUGUUUCACUGGACCAUCUACUGAAAAUUUUCAAUGAGCAUUUUCCAGGCAUGGUACCAGUGACCACAUAUCUUUUCCGAAAAGCUUAUGGUCAGUAUGGAAAUUAUGAACCCCAUUUCUACUGUCCAACAUGUGAAAACUACUUAGGGAAAAAUACUGGUGAGCUACAGUGUGACAUUUGUCACACAGUAACUGAUUCAGACAGCUCUCUUAAAAGUGGAUGCUUUUUCCUGGUUCUUAGUUUGGCCUCACAGAUCAAAACAUUGCUUGAGGAAAAACAACCAAAAAUUCAAAACGAUUGGUUGAAUUCAGAUACAAUUUCAGACAUCCAAUGUGGAGAUGAGUAUCAAAAACUUAAGGAAUCUGGAGCUCCAAGUACCAGAUCUGGCCCAUACAGUGCCAAGUAA